CUCCGCCGGAACCUCCACUUCUCCGCCGUGACCCGUGAGCAGCCGAAACCCGCCGCCGCCGUCUACUCCGCCGCUUUGCUUCUCACCCACCGGAGGCUCCCCCCGCCCGAGGGCGGAGAGGCCAAACCGGGAGGCAGCAGCAAGGAGGGGCGCUUCCGAGGCCUAAUCGCAACAAUGCGUAGCCUUCUCAUGCAAGAACUCUUGGAUUCGUCGUCGGAUGAUGAUGAUGAAUUCAUCCUGGCAACAGCUGCGAUCCUAGCACAACAUCAAUGCGAGCUUGAUAAUGCACCACGCCACAGUGGUUCCAGACGCAGGUCCAAUAUGAAAAUAGCUUGGGAUAAGAAUGCUAAGACGAAUAGGCGGCCCUCAGUAGCAUCAUCGCAGCCAGGCCUACCUUUUGGAGUGGACAGUGACAAUGAUGAGGCGGAAAAGGAGGAAACAAUAGAGGCUACCACAGAUUGUCCUGGAACAAAGCCAGCUGAUACUGUUAAGUCCCUCCAGCACCAAGGAAACAAGCUAGCCGAGGAAGGGAAGUACCACGAAGCACUUGGUAAGUGGGAGGCUGCACUUACCUUGAUGCCUGAUAAUGCAAUACUGCAUGAACAGAAAGCUCAACUUUUACUUGAAUUGGGAGAUGCAUGGCGUGCACUGACAGCAGCAACCAGAGCAACUGAAUUGGAUCCGUUAUGGCCUGAGGCUUGGGUUACACUUGGCAGAGCACAGUUAAAUUUUGGGGAGCCAGAUUCAGCUAUAUUAUCUUUUGACAAGGCAUUAGCAAUCAAGCCUGACCAUGAUGAAGCAAAGGCUGACCGUGAAACUGCUUCCCGUCUUGUUAAGAAACGAGGGCAGCUACAUUCAUCAGGUCUCAGUGCCAACAAAAGACGAUUCACAGUUGGAGAGAAUGUAGACACAGCAAAGGAGAAAGACGAUGCACAGACGGAGAAUGUAGAGAAAUAUAACGAGGACGAAGAAAAGGAGAAAGACAAUGCACAGAUGGAGAAUGUAGAGGAGUGUAAACGGGAUGAAGAAAAGGAGAGGGACGAUUCACAAUUGGGGAAUGUAGAGAAUUGUGAAGAAGAUGAAGAAAAGGAGAAAGAUGGAGCGUCGUAGCUGCGUUACGAUGGUGUAUGAUGAACCUGCUGUCUCCAAACUUUACUGUCGGCCCAAGCAAGCUGUUAGAUCGAGGCCUUUCUUGAAGCCGAAAUGUCGUAGGAAAACGUUUCAAUUCCUGUGUUUUAGAUUGGUCUGUCAUCUAUGUAUAUAUGCAGAUAGAUGAACAGAAACUAUGAAAUGUUCUGACCUAAGUUUAAUUUUUGUUUACAACUAUGCUCAGGGAUUACCUGGAUUUUGGGUUAAGGCCAUUUAAUUUAGAUUAAUGCACGUAUUGUCUACUUGACUAUGCAAAA